UCCAGCACCUACAACAUGGACCCACCUGGACCUGGCCCCGGCCCCGGGUCUAAACCCAAACCUAAACCUGCUCCCAGCUCUGUGUCUAUGAAAAGUGACCAGUCCAAAGACUAUCCUCUAGAUUUUAAAGAAGCUCCUCCUGAAGACCAGAGCUCCUACAACAUGGACCCACCUGGACCUGGACCCGGGUCUAAACCCAGACCUGAACCUGCUCCCAGCUCUGUGUCUCUGAAAAGUGAUGACUCCAAAAUUCUUCCUCCAGACUUUAGUGAAGAUCCUCCUGAAGACCAGAGCACCUACAACAUGGACCCACCUGGACCUGGCCCCGGGUCUAAACCCAGACCUGAACCUGCUCCCAGCUCUGUGUCUCUGAAAAGUGAUAAGUCCAAACACUAUCCUCCAGACUUUAAAGAAGCUCCUCCUGAAGACCAGAGCUCCUACAACAUGGACCCACCUGGACCUGGACCCGGGUCUAAACCCAGACCUGAACCUGCUCCCAGCUGUGUGUCUGUGAAAAGUGACCGCUCCAAAAAUUAUCCUCCAGACUUUGAAGAAGCUCCUCCUGAAGACCAGAGGGAGCCAGGCCCAAAGGAGCAGCUGGACGCCAUAUUCAGGCGUCUGGAGGAGGACGUCCUGACUUUUGUCAAAGAGCAGCUGCAGAGGCUCCACAGGCUCCUGGCCUCAGAUUACCCAGAAUGCUCUGAGAGUGAGGAGGAGGAGCAGAGCAGCAGAGAGGUUCUGAACAUCACCCUGGACUUCCUGAGGAGGAUGGACCAGGAGCAGCUGGCCCAGCACCUGCAGAACAAAAACACUGUUGGAGUUUGUAGAGAUGAACUGAAGAGGCAUCUGCAGCAGAGGUUCAGUCGUGUGUUUGACGGUGUGGCUAAAGCAGGAGACUCCGCCCUUCUGACCCAGAUCUACACAGACCUCUACAUCACAGAGGGCGGAGCCUCAGAGGUCAAUCAGGAACAUGAGGUCAGACUCCUGGAAACCACAUUCAAGAGACCGACCGCUCCAGAGACCGCAAUCACACGUGAAGAGCUCUUUAAAGCUAUCCCACAUUCACCAGAGCCAAUCAGAUUUGUGCUGACGAAGGGCGUGGCCGGCGUGGGGAAAACAGUGCUGACUCAGAAGUUCAGUCUGGACUGGGCUGAAGGCCGGGCCCACCAGGACCUCCAGCUGCUGUUCCCGUUCACUUUCAGAGAGCUCAAUGUGCUCAGAGACACACAGUUCAGCCUGGUGGAGCUGCUGCACCACUUCUUCAGUCCAUCCAAACAUCUCUGCAGCUUCCAACAGCUCCAGGUGCUCUUCAUCUUUGACGGUCUGGACGAGUGCAGACUUCCUCUGGACUUCAGCCGAACCCGAGUCCUGACCGACCCCACAGAGUCCACCUCAGUGCACGUGCUGCUGGUGAACCUCAUCAGGGGAAACCUGCUUCCCUCCGCUCUCCUCUGGAUAACCACGCGCCCCGCUGCGGCCAAUCAGAUCCCUGCUGAGUGCGUCUCCAUGGUGACGGAGGUGCGAGGGUUUGGCGACCCGCAGAAGGAGCAGUACUUCAGGAAGAGGUUCAGAGACCAGGCCACAGCCGUCAUCUCCCACAUCAAGAGCAUCCGCAGUCUCCACAUCAUGAGCCACAUCCCGAUCUUCUGCUGGAUCAUCUCCACAGUUCUACAGAAACUUCUGGAACAAACAGAACCAGAGCUGCCCCGGACUCUCACACAGAUGUACGUCCACUUCCUGGUGGUGCAGGCCAAAGUCCAGAACAUCAAGUAUCACCAGGGAUCAGGGGAGGACCUUCACUGGACUUCAGAGACCAGGAAGAUGGUGAAGUCUCUGGGAAAACUGGCCUUUGAGCAGCUGCAGAAAGGAAACCUGAUCUUCUACGAGAGUGACCUGAGCGAGUGUGGGCUGGACGCUGCAGCGGCCUCAGUGUACUCCGGAGUGUUCACACAGAUCUUUAGAGAGGAGCCAGGCCUGUACCAGGACAAGGUCUACUGCUUCAUCCAUCUGAGUGUGCAGGAGUUUCUGGCUGCUCUUCACGUCCAUCAGACCUUCAUCAACUCUGGAGUCAAUCUGCUGGAGACACCACACUCCUCUGAGAUUCUUAUUUCAAAAAGAAAAAAAGGUUCCAAGAAAACAAAGAAACAUUUCAAAUUGACAAUGAAGACAAAAAAGUAUGUGGCAGGUUUCUACUGCUCUGCUGUGGACCAGGCCUUACAGAGUCCAAACGGACACCUGGACCUGUUCCUGCGCUUCCUCCUGGGACUGUCUCUGCCGACCAAUCAGAGGCUGCUGCAGGGUCUGCUGACUCAAACAGGAAGUGAAGAGACCAAUCAGGAGACAGUAAAGUACAUCAAACAGAAGCUGAAUGAAAAGGGUCUGUCUGCAGAGAGAAGUCUGAACCUGCUCCACUGUCUGAACGAACUGAACGACCAAAGUCUGUUGAAGCAGAUACAGAGAUACGUGAGAGAAGGAGAGCUCUCCAGGUUAAGGUCUCCUGCUGAGUGGUCGACUUUGUCCUUCCUCUUACUGUCCUCAGACUCAGACCUGGAGGAGUUUGAUCUGAGGAAAUACCAGCGCUCAGAGACAGCUCUCCUGAAUCUGCUGCCGGUGGUCAGAGCCUCCACCAAAGUCCUUCUUUGUGGCUGUGGUCUGUCUCCUCACAGCUGUGCUCCUCUGGCCUCAGUCCUCAGCUCCUCCAGUCUCACACAUCUGGAUCUCACUAACAACGACCUCCAGGACUCAGGAGUGGAGCUGCUGUGUUCUGGACUGAAGAGCGCCCCCUGCAGACUGGAGACUCUCAGGCUGUCUGGAUGUCUGGUCUCAGAGAGGGGCGGGGCUGCUCUGGCCUCAGCUCUGAGCUCCGCCUCCUCCCACCUGAGAGAGUUAGACCUCAGCUACAACCAUCCAGGACCCUCAGCAGAGCUCCUGACCGCUCUACGGGACGACCCCCACUGCCCCCUGCAGUCUCUCAGGUUGGAUCCUGCUGGAGAACAGUGGAUGGUCCCAGGUCUGAGGAAGUAUUCCUGUGAGUUUUCUCUGGAUCCAAACACAGCUCACAGAAACAUCAAACUGUCUGAGGACAAACGGACAGUGACCUGUGUGACAAAGGAGCAGCAGUAUCCAGAUCAUGAGGACAGAUUUACAGACUAUCGUCAGGUCCUGAGCUGCACUGGCCUGAGGGGGCGCUGUUACUGGGAGGUUCAGUGGGGCGGAGCGAUGGUUGAUGUAGUAGUGAGUUACAGAGGAAUCAGACGGAGAGGACCAAAUAAGGAGUGUUGGUUUGGAGGCAACGAUCAGUCCUGGAAUCUGAGGAUCCAUGAGGGGAAUUACUAUUUAUAUCACAACAACAGACAAACCCACCUCUCCUCCUCCUCCUCCGCCGUCCCCCGUUUCUCAGGUCGAGUGUCUGUGUUCCUGGACUCUGAGGCUGGAUCUCUGUCCUUCUAUGAGGUUCUCUCUGAUGGAAAACUGUUCCACCUCCACACCUCCAGCUCCUCCUUCACUGAGCCUCUGUUUCCUGGGUUUUCAGUGUGGAGAAAUGGUUCCUCUGUCUGUGUUGGAUCUGAGGAGAACACUUCUCUGACUCUAAUGAUAUACAUCUACAACAUGGACCCACCUGGACCUGACUGUGGGUCUAGACCCAGACUUAAACCUGCUCCCAGCUCUCGGUCUCUGAAACAUGAUGAUUCCAAAGACGUUCCUCCAAACUUUAGAGAAGAUCCUCCUGAAGACCAGAGCAUCUACAACAUGGACCCACCUGGACCUGACCGUGGGUCUAAGCACAGACCUAAACCUGCUCCCAGCUCUCGGUCUCUGAAACAUGAUGAUUCCAAAGACGUUCCUCCAAACUUUAGAGAAGAUCCUCCUGAAGACCAGAGUACACUUCUUUAUAUAGUCGAUGAUACAGCCCCACUGUGGCGCAAAUAUAAGAAGGCCACACUGCAAAAGCUCAAAGUAUCUUCUAAUGAUGUCCUCAGAAUGCUGCUGAAAAAGUCCAGGACUCUCAUGACAAACCUGGUGUAUAAAUCCAUCUGUGGCCUAAAUGAGUCUGUGAACUCUGUGGUGGUGAUGUUGGGAGCCAGGCCCAAAGGAGCAGCUGGACGCCAUAUUCAGGGUGAGUACCCCACGAGCGCAGCAUGUGUGGGGUUCUCUGGGUGCUCCUCAGCGUCUGGAGGAGGACGUCCUGACUUUUGUCAAAAAGAGCAGCUGCAGAGGCUCCACAGGCUCCUGGCCUCAGAUUACCCAGAAUGCUCUGAGAGUGAGGAGGAGGAGCAGAGCAGCAGAGAGGUUCUGAACAUCACCCUGGACUUCCUGAGGAGGAUGGACCAGGAGCAGCUGGCCCAGCGCCUGCAGAACAAGGUCAGAGGGUUCACCAACCCACAGAAGGAGCAGUACUUCAGGAAGAGGUUCAGAGACCAGGCCACAGCCGUCAUCUCCCACAUCAAGAGCAUCCGCAGCCUCCACAUCAUGAGCCACAUGCCGAUCUUCUGCUGGAUCCUCUCCACAGUUCUACAGAAACUUCUGGAACAAACAAAGAGACCAGAGCUUCCCGGGACUCUCACACAGAUGUACGUCCCACUUCCUGGUGGUGCAGGCCAAAAGGUCAGAGGGUUCACCAACCCACAGAAGGAGCAGUACUUCAGGAAGAGGUUCAGAAAUCAGGCCACAGCCGUCAUCUCCCACAUCAAGAGCAUCCGCAGCCUCCACAUCAUGAGCCACAUGCCGAUCUUCUGCUGGAUCCUCUCCACAGUUCUACAGAAACUUCUGGAACAAACAAAGAGACCAGAGCUUCCCGGGACUCUCACACAGAUGUACGUCCACUUCCUGGUGGUGCAGGCCAAAGUCCAGAAAAUCAAGCCUUACAGAGUCCAAACGGACACCUUGGACCUGUUCCUGCGCUUCCUCCUGGGACUGUCUCUGCCGACCAAUCAGAGGCUGCUGCAGGGUCUGCUGACUCACACAGGAAGUGAAGAGACCAAUCAGGAGACAGUAGAGUACAUCAAAAAGAAGCUGGAUGAAAAGGGUCUGUCUGUAGAGAGAAGUCUGAACCUGCUCCACUGUCUGAACGAACUGAACGACCAAAGUCUGGUGCAGCAGAUACAGAGAUACAUGAGAGAAGGAGAGCUCUUCUGGUUAAGUUCUCCUGCUCAGUGGUCGGCUUUGUCCUUCCUCUUACUGUCCUCAGACUCAGACCUGGAGGAGUUUGAUCUGAGGAAAUACCAGCGCUCAGAGACAGCUCUCCUGGGUCUGCUGCCGGUGGUCAGAGCCUCCACCAAAGUCCUUCUUUGUGGCUGUGGUCUGUCUCCUCACAGCUGUGCUCCUCUGGCCUCAGUCCUCAGCUCCUCCAGUCUCACACAUCUGGAUCUCACUAACAACGACCUCCAGGACUCAGGAGUGGAGCUGCUGUGUUCUGGACUGAAGAGCGCCCCCUGCAGACUGGAGACUCUCAGGCUGUCUGGAUGUCUGGUCUCAGAGAGGGGCGGGGCUGCUCUGGCCUCAGCUCUGAGCUCCGCCUCCUCCCACCUGAGAGAGUUAGACCUCAGCUACAACCAUCCAGGACCCUCAGCAGAGCUCCUGACCGCUCUACGGGACGACCCCCACUGCCCCCUGCAGUCUCUCAGGUUGGAUCCUGCUGGAGAACAGUGGAUGGUCCCAGGUCUGAGGAAGUGUGAGUCUCUGUAUCUCAUAAUCUUUGUGAUUUGA